AUGGAUUGCAAAUGUGGAGAACGACUUCGAUCCAAAUUGUCGGAUAUUGCCCCAAAGUUAAGUACAGAAAACUUAGAAAAGUUGAAAUUUAUUAUCGGUAUCCCACCUGGAGAAGCGGAAAAGAUAUCAAACCCCGAAGGACUAUUCCAAAUACUAGAGUAUGAGCUGAAGAUCACACCACAUAGUCUGGAUUACUUAGUAAAUUGCCUCGACAAAGCUGGAAGAAAGGAUCUUGCCGCUGAGCUAGAGAUUUUCAUGCGCCAAUAUAGCUGUGAAGGAGAAAAAAGUAAGCCGCUUUUGAAACUAAUAUCGUAUCGCCAAUACAAUAGUCAACUCUUUGUUUGUUGAAGAAAUAUGAUAAAGUGUUGCUGUAGCGGGGGCCGGGGUGGGAAGGAAUAUGGAUGGUUUAACAGUUUUAUGAUAUAUGAUACAUGAUAUAUUUCUUGAGUUGCAUAUUUUCCUAAGCAGGGCGUGAAAUUAACUUUUUUUUCUGAUAGCCACUUGGCUCCUAAAUUCUUCAAAGUGGUAGCCAAUUCAAAAAAAGUUGGUCGCCAUUUUCAAAGACAAACAAAAUCUUUCUUUACGCUGUCAGCGUUCUAGAUAGACCCUCCAAAAUUAAGUUAGGGAAAAGGUCUUUAACGUGCUACAAAGUGGACACUAGGAUGGAUGAUAUACAACGUUCAGGCUCAUCUAAAUCCAAGAUGGCGUCUAGUUAUCGAUCGAGAUGCAUGUGCUACGUUUUGGAAACAAACUUAACGAGGAAGUUUGCAACGGAUUUAUCUUUGCAAAUCUUUUUAAUGCACUAUAUCUCUUAGUAAGGUUAUGAUGAAACGUUCUAGUCGCCAAUUUGGCGACUAACUUUCAGGAUUUGGUCGCCAAAGUGAAAAAUUUAGUCGCAUUGGCGCCUGUAUUAGGCGCAAUUUCACGCCCUGCUAAGCCCCAUAGAUGCAAGGAAUAUUACUAGCAAUGAGCAACAUGCUAAAUGAUAGACAACCACAAGAAACACAAAGUAAACUAUUUAAUGUGUUGCCUAUGACCAUAAAAAUGGAAAAAUCUGAUGGAUUGUUCUGUACAACCAUCUUCCAUCUGAUUUUUUAAUUAAUUAAUUUUUUUGCCACAUCCUGCAAUGUUAUGACAUUUUGCAAGUUCUGUUUCCCUUGUGUGGUAAAAUAGCAUAAUAGUGAAAUGAUAAAUUGUGAUACUGAAUGGUCUACAUUUUCUCCCUGGGCUAUAACUUUGUUAACUGUUUGGAAAUUUCAAGGAGAAUGGAGAGAAUUCAAAGUUUCUGCAGUGCAGUAAUAUCUCAGUGGGAGGGGAGGAAGAAAUUCCCCAUGUUUUGAUCACACAGAAAUUUCAUUUAUCUGACUGAAAAAGGUUAACAGAUUUUUGAAAAGCUAGGAAGGGUUUUUGCUAAGAGUGCUUAUAAAAGUAUGGGCAUUGACUAAUUAUUAAAAAUUGCUUGCUUUCCUCUCAGGAGUUUGAUUGACUCUUUUUGUGUUCUUACUUUUUCCAGUCAGCUUUAGAACAAGUCAAUUUUCAAUGUAAUAUGAAAGUUUGCAAAGUUUGAAUGGUGCUCUAGCUGAGCAGCAUGCUCAAAGUGGCGGGUGAACCACAAGGCCUAGCCAAGUUGUGUCACUUUUAGUUUUGAACAGUGAUGAUUUGAAAGUUUUGUGCCUGAGUGUAUUACUUUCAUUGGUUAGCUGUUGAAACAGCUGACCACAUAUGAACUUUGUAGGAUGCAAUUUAGCUGAUCUUUGUUGUGAUAACAUUUCACAAAAUGAACCUCUUUCAUUUUGAUUUUGAUAAUUUACAGCAGACGCUGUUGAUAAGAAAGGUACAUCGGCAUCUGGUUCUACUGAAUCUACAGCUACUUUGGUAAGCCCUUAUAAUGUCACUGUAAUCUUAGCUUAUGCUAUGACAAAGAACUCACAAGUGGUUAUCAGUUGAGUUGUACUCUCCAUAAUUAUCAAUUUUAUUCUUCAGAAAUAUUUAAAUUGUGCACCAGCCAUAUUUUUAAAAUGUUGAUUAGCACUUCAUUAUUACAUAUCACUUCUUGUUGGACAUUUAUGCAAUCCUUGAAAAAAUAUUUCCUCCUUCUGUAAAUACUCUGAAAGUUAUAUUUAAUGUGCUUUUUUUCCAGUUUUUGUGUGGUGGAUUGUUAAGUUUGAUUGUUUUGAUCAAAUAGCUUUGGAGACAUAUCCACCAAUUUGAGAACAGGAUGCUACCUGUAUUUUGCUCAUUUUGUGAUGAUAGUGGGCCUCUUAUCUUCCCCAAUCUUUUUUUUUUUUGUAAGCAAUGUUUAACGUACUGUGUAAGUCAGAUACCAGAGAUGUCCAGGCAAGCUGUGUUUUGUGUUUUUCUUGUGCCCUUCACAGUUUGCCCUCAGCUCAGGCUUGCUAGUGGGAGUCAAUUCACUACUUGUGCUGCAAUUGUAGUGAUUGCCUGGAUGCCAGCUAAAUAAUUCUGGCAAAAUAUUAAACUUUCUACCUUAUCUGGCAGUCUCCAUCAACAAAGUAAUGGCUCUGAUGGUUUCAGGUUUAAUUGGUCAUGUGAUAUGUAGCUGAAGUGGUGACAUAUAUCACUGGUCCCCUUUGUGGAUUGCCCCACAAUUUUUCUCGGACAUUUUUCAAGGAAAAUGAUCCCUUCAGGUUGAAUUUAAUAUAUCAAAUUCAGCUGAAAGAGAGCAAUUUUCUAUGCAUAGCAACUGCUUGUUGUUCUUGUGUGCUUUUGAUAUGCCCUGUAAUGUUCUGAUAACUCUUUCAAGAUGCAGUGAAGUUGAAAUUAUAGUCUUUGGAUACAUAACAGGGGCAGGUUUGUGAUCAUGUAAGUUUGCUGUUGUCUGACACUCAGAAUUCUCACUGGGCUGGCAGUGAAUUACCUGAGCCACAUUCAUUCUUAACUACCUGUACCUCAUUCAAACAAGCAGAGUGCUUUCAACUGCAGUCAUUGACUAUUUAAUACUCUCCACUCUUUCACCAGACUUUUCUGCAUUUUUGGAUAAUGUUUUAAGCACUUCUUAAUUAAUAACCUUCAGCAUUGAAGCCAUGAUGUGGACUUACAUUUCUUAACUUUGUCAGUACUUCUUGUAAGUUUCCAAUCAAAGGGUUUCUUUUAAUACUUUCAAGCAGACAAUUUCAUCAUGCCAUGCACAUUUGAUUCCUUCACUUUUACAACUUUCUCCUACUACACAGCCUUAAAUGUCUGUUCUCAGGAACCUUAAAGAAUAAUUCAACAGUUAAGCUCAGCCUAAGCUCAUGAUAAUACUAAUUGCUAUCAGCUAUUAUCAGUACUGUUAUUAUUACUAUAAUAGUAACUUUUUUAAAAUUUUUCAUCUUGUUAUUGUUAUAGCAUGUACAGCACUGUACUGAACAUAAAUAUAUGUUAUUCACCAGACGGGAUCGGAGGUCCGUAUUGGGAAAAACUGUGCCUGAGGCCUUGGAUACACAAGACAGAGGGCACAGUUUUUCCCAGUAUGGACUGACCUUGGCUGGUGAAUAAUAUUUUUAUUUUUUUCUAAAACCUAACAAAUGGUUGUGAAAAGAACCUGAAUGAUUAAGGGCUGUAAUUACCACAAGAUUCUUCAUAAACAGAACAAUCUACGAGUGAGUAGAUGGUAGAGAAAACAAGGGCAAUGCAAAUGAAAGAGAGAGGUUUCAUCAAAACAUAUUUAUUUGUGUAAUGAUAUUAAAUGGUGAUUUAAAAGGCUUCCAAGAAAACUUUGAAACAUUUUUAUGAUGUUUUGAUAUGUUUCAUUGUCAGGACAUCAUUAAGACAGCUGAAGGCCACAACAAUAGAGGAAGGGUAGAGUUUCAAGAUAAAAAAUACGAGAAAGCUUGUCAGCAGUAUACAUUAGCCUUGGAAUGUCUUCCUGAGGGUCCAGAGAAUGACGAAAUGAUCAUUAAGUAUCUUUGUAACAGGGCAGCAUGUUAUGUUAAUAUGGUAUGUAAACAAGUUGAUUUCCAAUAUCAGUCUUGAUGUCAUCUGAGUGACUUAAACUAACAUUGCCUUCUUCAAUUUGCUUGCAAAAAGUAAUUUUAGUUGUCAUUACAACAAUUAUAAUCCAAUAUAUCUUAAAAAAUUAAUACUUCAACAUAAAAAUGUAAUUUGUUUCUUCCAAUAAUUGCCAACACUCCAAUAAGCCCCCUUUCCUGAAUGGGUGCUCACUCACUAGGCGGAUAUAUCAAACAAGCAUUCCCCCUGGAAAACUAAGUGUCCCGUCCCCCCUCACUUUCUUUGAUAGUAGGGGUUUGAGGAAUACCUGAGUCAGCUUUUCAGAGUGUAUGACUUUGGAGAGGGGAUGUAUAAGAGGAAACUCACAGAGUGUCUCCCUCAAUUGGUACAUACAUGUUGCCGCUAAAAGGUUCCGAAAUUUGCAGAGGCAUUUUCUAGCUUGGAGGGGGGGGGGGCAGAUUUACAUUUAUGCAACACACUGAUUUCUUAGAAGAAGCCAGUUGUCAUACUCUUCCUUUGUAAGUGUAAUCAAAACAUUUUGAUUGGUAUUGAAGUUGUUUGUUUGAGUAACACUUACAAACUGGAUUUUCUGAGCUAUAUAUGAUUUGAAUGAUUUAGUCAGGGCUUCCUUUGCCAUACAGCUGUACCUUAAUCUUAAUAGCCACAAAUUAUAUAAUAAUCGUUAUGAAAUGAUUAUUUCCUUUUGAGCUACUGGUAAUUGCAUAUUAAAUGCAAAAGUCACAAAUUUAUAGUGAAACCUAAUUAUGAUAAUUGUACUAGCUGUACGUUGGAGCUGAUGAAAGAAUGAUAUUUCUCUCUUGCAGAGAAAGUUUAAUGAGGCCCAUUCGGAUUGUGAUAAAGGUAUAUAUAUUUUUGAGACUCAGUUAGCCUUUAUGUCCUAAUUAUACAUGCUGUACAUAUUGUUUCCUAUAUACUGCAUAUUAUGUUUUAAUCGUGCCAUACACUGCACAACAAAAUUGACUAUUAAUUGAUUGAUUCAGAGCAAUUUUUUGUUUCCUCUGCAGUACUUGGUUUAGAUCCACAAAACAAAAAAGCUAGGUACAGUCUAGCUCAGGCCCUGAGAGGCCUAGGCCAAAUUUCAGAUGCCUAUAUAGAAGUAACAAGUUUGAGAAAAAAGCACAGUCAGGUAUAUGUAUGAUUAUGCACGGAGAUAAUAAUUGUUAGUUGUCCGACGAUAUCUGCUUUUAUUAUAUUGCUGACAGUAUCUGUGGGCAAUUUGAAAUUAAUCCCGUGUUCUGAUUGGCUACCUGAGCAAGCAAGACUCAAGAUUGCCCACUUUGUUCCUGCACAAGAAAGUAAAUUGCCUAGAGCGACCUUACCAACAAUUCUUAUUUUUUUGGACAAUGUUGGUGAUGGAGUCGCUAUUAAAGCAGUAGAUGACAGAUGACAGUCAAAAUAAAGAAAACAAGCGACUCUCAUCAGUUCACAAAAAAAUUUGGCUUUUUUUCCCCUCUCUUGAAACAAACAAGAAAUUCAUGAUUCUUCAUAAAGCAAAUUGACCAAGAUCCUUUAUUGACCAAGAUUGUUCAGUCAAGAUGGUUGGAUACUAGCUUUGUUCUUUUCUUAUGCGUUUUUAUGGACCUCGACUUCGUCCUGGUCCAUAAAAAUGCAAAAAUAGAACUUGGUCAAUGUCCAACCAUCUUGACCUUUUGCUUGGUCAAUAACGCAUAUGCAUCCGAGAUCGUUAUCAAUAAAAGUACUGACUGUGAAUAUAUGAGGGUAUGUGAAUUGCAUAUUAAGUAAUGCAGUAAUGAACACUUAAGCAGUAGUGAAAACAAGGCCUCAGUAAAAAUUCAGGCCAGUACGGGAUUUGAACCCAUGUUCAAAAUAUUUCAAUUAUUUUUGGUUACCUGAAGCCAGGCAACUCACAGUGCAUUCAAUUAUCAUUUUUCCUUGAUUAUCUGGUCAGGAUGGACCAGGUACCUAUACUAUAGUCAAAUCUCAGCACAAUUUUCAAAGUUUCCAAAAACUGUCAUUGUCAUUGUUAUUAUAGAAAUUGAAAUUGAGCACAAGAAUUGAACUGGUGAUUUGGCAGUUUUAUAACGUAUUUUAUUUGCUUGUAGGACUCAUCAAUAGCUGAACUUGCGUCAUCUCUGCAAAGGGAAAUUGAGGUGCGCUUAAUCUCUGUAUCUAUUUAUUAUUAAGAGUGUGUCCACGAGAGCACCAGGCAGUCGUGCUACACGCCAUCUCACCCAUUUCAAUGAAACUUUGCCAGUUUAAAGGGUCUACCCAAAACUCGAAAAGACGAACUGGUUUCUGUUUUGGUUUUUUCCGGGGGGAGAUGGUUUCUUGGUUUUCACUAAGGACAUCGAUUCAAAAUAGGUAAAAUGUAUGAAGCUCUCACUGCGAUAGUAUUUAAUCAAUUACUCUGAGGGUUUGCACACAUAUUAUUACAUCCUUAGUUAAUGUUCGACGCCAGUAUCAGUCAAUUUGAUUGACAUCUUGUCAAUCAACAGAGGCAAAUAAACGACUGUGUUUUGAGACUUUUCGAUUCAUCCAAAUAUUUGACAACUUUAAGGUCAAAUAUCUCCCCUUGCCAGAACGCUGCAACACUAAUCUUGAUUUCCCUUUAUAAUCCAUAGUUUCAUCUCUGAAAGCCAUAAAAAAAUAUUUGAGGCACUGCCGUAUUUUUGUCUUGGAUGCCUUUUUAAGUCUGCGACUUUGACAAGCUUCUCUCAACUACACCUGUCACGUAAUUCGGGCUCUAGGCAGUCAUUUGACUAAAUAAACUUACAUUUUUAGCUCUUUGUACAAGAUGAUCGAUCAAGAAAGCUAAAAAAUGUGAAAAACUUUCGAGAGUUUUUGUAGGAAUGGAAAAUUUCACGUUUAGAGAUGUGCAUAUAGGCGAAAAAUCGAUGGGAAAAUCGUAGCGUUUCUUUCUUCAGUCGUUUAUUACUUUGGAGAUUUGCUAAAAUCAGCAAAUAGGGCUUUUGUAUGGAACAAAACAUUCAUUAGUCUAUACCUUGGUUGUUUAUCAUCAUCACUGCUCAUUUUAGGAGGUUUUAAAGUCGCACGCUGCGUGUUGGUUGACAUUAUUACAAGUUCCAGUGUGCUACAACUUCGGCUUUCACAGACGAGAAAUUCUGCGCUCUCGUUCGAGACCAAAUAUCAAUAGCUCUAUGAAACUAAAAACUGUGCUACUAUCCCGAAAAUAAAAUUAAAAUAGUGUUGUCGUUGUCACUUACCGCCAUCGAACAUUUCCAUGCAGAACUCCGCCAAACUAAUAUCUGUUGUGUGACCCGAAGACUUUCGUAGGAAUUAUUCAAGCGCGUAGUUCAUGCUGUCUUCUCGAUAACAAUUUCAGAAUACUGUGCAGAUCCCUAUGAUUAUUUGCUUGCUUCGAUCGUAAAGUAUCUGCAUUUUUUUUUAAGCAUUCUAUUACUACAUGUAAAUCUACGUCUCUCUCGAUCGAGUGUUGCUGGCGUUUGAUUGCGUGACUAGUAAAAUUCAUUAUGAAUGAACCAGAAAUAUUUUUACCAAUAGGCCUCCUGCAAAUUUCCCUAGACGAAAAAACCCCAAGAAAUAGUUGUUUUCGCGAGCAAAGACAAUAAAUAUGAAAGAAAAGUGAGAUGCAAAGGUCUAUAUUUUUUUUUAGCUUAAUAGCAGCUGUACCCUCUCCUGCAGUCUUCGUCUAAAGUUUGCAAGGUUCCUCCUUAUCUUCUGCCUUUUUCGGUCAGUUUCGACUUCUGAGGCUAGACCAUCGGCAUCGGCCUAUUCGUCCUCAUUCAUACCUACAAAGGGGGACCUCGUCAAUAAACCAAUUUUUGUUACGGCAGAUAACCGGCUGAAGUAUCGAGUGAUUUGUUGCUCUAUCAUCCAGUCAGUCUUGGACAACAUUUCUGGCCGGUGUCGUCUCUUAAACUCGAUAUUUAGGAAGCCACGUUAGAUGCGGUUGCCUUACUAGUUUCCUCCCCUGCCCAGCACACGUCUAGGAAUAAUUCUUUUGUGAGAGAUUAUUCAGCUUUAAUUGAUUUCCGGUUGAUUUUUUGCGAUAAGUGACAGAUGAUUGAACAAUAGGAUCAUAUUAUAUAUUUAAAAUGAGAGAGAGGGAGCGGAGAGAGAGAGGGAGAUUAGGUUGAUUUUAUAAAAUAAAACGUGAAGUUUCGGAACAUAACAGAUUCUUUAGUCACAUUUCCGACACAGUGGCACCUCCGACGGAACGCGCGAAGCAUGGAGGAACUAACCAAAGAAGCAGAGGCUAAAUUGCAGAUGUUGCUUUACACCAAUGGAAAAACACGUGGCAUUGUGGAAAAGGGAAACCUAGGAGCGGUCGCGCGACAUCGCCACAACCUACAAGCAAGUAAAAGUAAAAGAAGUAGACGUGCUUAAACUAAGGGUUGAACAGACCAUGUUCAAGGCCGGGAAAAGUGCAGAAGACGUUGGAAGUUGGAGCAGUAGCAUUGAAGAACCGAUCGCCGAAGCUGACGAAGAAGUUUCGCGACUAGAAAAAUGGCUCGUGGAGACGAAUGGAGAGAUCGAACAUCGAAAGCAAAAGGACAAAGAAGAAAGGGAAGCCCGUGCUCGUGAAGAGGAGCUUAAAUUCGAAAGAGAGCAAAUGGAGAUGAAGCUAGAAUUCGAACGCCAACUGGAAGAGACCAAGGCAAAACAGUAACGUGUUGAGAAGGCUAAUCAGAGUGAACAAAGGACAACAAAGCUACCGAAACUACAGAUCACAAAGUUUAAUGGGACGUAUGAAGCAUGGCUGCCGUUCUGGAACAAAUUUCAAGCUGAAAUUGAUAAAGCAAACCUUGCAACUGUGACCAAGUUUGCAUACCUAAAAGAGCUGGUAGAUCCAAAGGUUCGAGCGGAGAUAGACGGACUGCCUUUCACAACAGAGGGCUACGAAAGGGCAAAGAAUAUCCUCAUCGGCGAAUAUGGGAAAACAAGCGAGAUCGUGAAUGCGUACGUCCAGAACAUCGCGAAUUUGCCUGUCAUUACAGGAAGACAACCUGCGCCUAUCCACGAAUUUUUCAAGAAGUUCGUGUACAAUGUGCAAUCUUUGGAGACACUGGGCAAAUUGAAAGACGUCACUGGAAAUGCAAGGAGUGUGCUCGACAAACUAAAGGGUGUAAAAGCAGAUCUAGUGAGAGGACAAAUUGACUGGCAGGACUGGGACUUCCCACAGUUGAUAAAAGCUUUGAAAAGUUGGAAGGGAAUCAACCCCAUUGGGAGCGGCGCGGAUAAUGCGGGGAAGCAAGGUGCUAAAUUCCGCGAUCGCGAAAAAACAUUUCAAGCAAACGAAACUACGCCAACACAAAGAGGGUGUGUCUACUGUGACGCAACUGACCACAGAGCUGUAAAUUGUAACAUGUUUGUGACAGUUGGAGACCGCAGGAAGCAAUUAGGUCUGAAACAGCUGUGUUUUAACUGCACAGGAAGUCGACACCUUGCUUCUGAGUGCAAAUGCCGUUCUGGCUGCCAGAUCUGCAGUCGAAGACAUCAUACAUCGAUUUGUGACAAACAUACAUCGCGAGACCAGCUGAUGACCACAACGAGCGUAGAAAGGAAAGGAGUGGUGAAACUGCAAUAAGCGUGUAAGUCUCCUGGCCUUUAAUAACAACACCACAAACCAAGUUAGAAUGAAGAUUUAUUGUAGCCGACGUGCUUGGUACUAAGAGUGUGCAUACAAACAGCGUGGGUUGAAACUAAAACGGUAAAAAAGCAAAAAAGUUACAAGUUGCGACUAAGGUAAAUUAGAGUAAGGAAAUAACAAAACUGCAAAACGAGGACUGUGAAGUACACUUACAUUGUUUCGGCCAGAGAAAACUGCUGUAAAGCGGACUGCGAAUAACGCGAAGAGACUUGCAAGAAACUAAACAGAACUGCGCUAAGCGCGGACCAAAAUGAACUGCCCAAAACUGUACUGCAAAACUACGAUAUGAAAAAUACGCUAGAACAUGCGGAAAAUAAAACUAUAGAAACUAAGAAAGGCGAUAAUGAAGAUGAAACAGCACAGAAACGCUAACGAGGGCGCGAAAACUGACAGAAAGGAAUAAACACUUAAAUUAACGCCAAAAAAAAAAAAAGACUAAACAAAUGGACGAAAAGAAGUAUAAACUAAUUUGCGUACGCAAAGGAAAAACAAAUUACGCAAGAACGAAUAAUAGAAAAAAUGUUACACUUGGAUCUUACAAGUGGUGUAUCCUAUGGUUACAGUUGGCGUGAAUGGUGUUAAUUGCCGAGCAUUGUUGGAUACAGGAGCCGGAAGUUCCUACGCUUCAUCAACGCUUCUGAACUGUUUACAUUUGCGCCCUAUCCGUCAACAAUUCAAGCGCAUUGAAAUGAUGUUUGGUACUUCAAACAAAGCGAUAGACGUCUAUGGCCUACAAAUUCGAAGCGUUGAUGGUAAAUUCACCUUGGAAGCCGCAGUAAACAAAGUCGACCGCAAAGAGUUGUUGACAUUGGAAAAAUUCCUCACAAAGCGGUCGUGCGCGAGAAUGCAGAAUCUACAAAGACACGCAUUGUUUAUGAUGCUUCUGCAAGAGCUAAUGCAAGUGUCCCCUCACUCAACGAGUGCCUCGAAAUCGGCCCUCCACUACUACUUGGAAAGUGCUGGUACGAAAUAGGUUCUAUCCCGUGGCAAUAGCUGGCGACUUAAAACAAGCAUUUUUGCAAAUUCGCGUCCGAAGAGAAGACGAGAUGCCUUACGCUUUCAUUUGAUAAAGGAUCUGGCAAGCAAACAAGUAGAAACCUUGCGAUUCACUCGAGUACUCUUUGGUUUGGCACCGUCUCCAUUCCUCUUGGCCGCAGUUAUUAAAGAACAUCUAUAGCGAUACAAAAUGGUGAACCCGGAAUUAGUAGAGGAGAUAGAGCGCAGUAUGUACGUGGAUGAUUUAAUCAGUGGUGGGGAGACAACAGAACAAGCGUUAGAAAUCAAGAUGACAGCCACGACCAUCUUUGUUGAGGCGACUUUCAAGCUGCACAAGUGGCAUUCCAACGAUCGGGAGCUAGAAGUUGAAACUGCGACUUUAGAUGAAGAAAGUCAGAGUUACGCCAAACAACAACUGGGAACCAGAAAGGGCGAAUCAAAACUGCUAGGAUUCCCCUGGGACAAAGAAAAGGACGAAAUUCAAGUCAGCUUCCCGAUUUCAACCGCUGAGCCGACAAAAAGGGGUAUCCUUGGAAAAGUCGCAAAAAUCUACGAUCCACUCGGUCUGGCUUCACCCGUGACCCUCUCUGGAAAAAUGCUCUACAGAGAUGCCUGCGACACGAAGAUCGCGUGGGAUAGGCCCCCUACCAAGUGAGUUACAAACCAAAUGGAAGAAAUGGGAGCAAGGACUUCCAGAGCACGUGAACGCGCCAAGAAAUGUCGUCAAGCAUGUAGGGAAGAUAUUAUCAAUCGACUUACACACAUUCGGGGACGCAAGCGGGAAAGGAGUUGCAGCCGCGGUUUAUGUAGUGGUGGAGCAACCAUCAGGCACGAAUCGAGGCCUCGUGACGGCAAAGUCGCGGCUCGCGAAGAAAGGACUCACGAUUCCCCGAUUAGAACUAGUGGCUGGACAUAUGGCUGCGAACCCAGUACAAAAUGUGAAAGAAGUCCUGAAGGGUUUUCCCGUAAGAAGUGUCUAUGGUUGGCUGGAUAGCACAGUCGCACUGCACUGGAUCCGUGGUAAUGGCGAAUACAAACAGUUCGUGGGAAAUCGAGUGAGGAAGAUCCAGGAAAAAGAAAUAAACUGGAGGCAUGUACCAACAGAGGAGAAUCCAGCGGACGUGGGGAGUCGGGGAGGAGAUGUUAGUAGAUUGACAGCUCUUUGGUGGCAGGGACCAAGCUGGUUAGCAAAACCACAGGACUGGCCGCCAGACCUUGUAUAACGACAUCUACUCCAUAAUCAAAAGCGGAAGAAGUGAAACAAACGCGCGAGUUGUUUGCUCUAGCAGUAGAGAAAACAGAGAACAAUGACGCAUUCGAUGCGCUGCUGGAGAAGUACGAGCUGUGGCGUGUGUUGCGAGUGGGUGCUUGAAUCUGGAGAUUCCUCCACAACAUAAGAACCGUCCGUAAACAGAGAAUCGUUGGUCCCCCUACAACUGAAGAAAUACAGAAGCAGACAACGUUCUGGAUCAAGCGAUCUCAACAACAAGCAAAGUCGAGCCAGAAAUUUGAAGAAGACCGUUUACAGUUGAAUGUGCAAGAAAACCAAGAGGGAAUAUUAGAGUGUAGGGGAAGAAUUCAAGGCCAUUACCCCAUCUUUCUGCCAGACUCCUCGCCCUUCACUCGCAAGUUAGUUCACCGAUCACAUGUCGACACACUGCACGGAGGAGUGGCCCUUACCAUGGCCAAAGUGCGAGAGCUAUACUGGGUACCGCGUUUAAGGGCACUCGUAAAACAAGUUCUCAGGGCGUGUUCAGGCUGCAAGCGUUUUCAGGCCAUGGCACUGGCAACGCCGCCUCCUGGACUCCUACCCACUGACCGCACAGAGGGGAGCACCCCAUUCGAGGUUAUCGGAGUCGAUUUUGCAGGGCCCAUCAAGUACCGUAUCAGAGCCGAAACAGAAGGAAAGGCCUAUCUUGCAUUGUACGCGUGCAGUCUUACACGAGGAUUAUUCCUGGAAGUACUACCAAACCUGGCAACCAGUGAAUUCCUAAGAAGUCUAAAACGGCUCAUCGCGCGCCAUGGGCGUCCGAAGAAGAUAUAUUCCGACAAUGGUAAAACCUUUGUUGGUGCCGAGAAGUGGCUCAAACAAGUUAUGCGUGACGAGAAGACACAAGAUUACUUAGCACAUGAGAACAUCAAGUGGCAAUUCAACCUCAGCCGCGCCGCUUGGUGGGGAGGACAGUUCGAGCGCCUCGUCGCACUGGUAAAAACAGCUUUAAACAAGACUAUCAGAUGCGGAAUGUUAACCUGGACAGAGCUGUGUGAGGUGGUACUGGAUGUGGAGAUUGCUUUGAAUAAUCGCCCUUUAUGUUACGUCGAAGACGACAUACAGUUACCCGUGCUUACCCCUAACUCACAGCUAUUUCUUCGAUCAAACCAGCUACCAGGACUGGAACCACACCAUCUAAGAGAAUUUGAUCUGCGUAGAAGAGCUAAAUAUCUGUGAAGGUGCAAGCAGGCUUUGUGGACCAGGUGGACUACCGAAUAUUUACGAGGGUUAAGAGAACGACACCGGAUUAAACACAAGGGUCAAACCACGCCCUUGGCCAAGGGAGAGGUAGUCAUCAUCAAGGACGAGGAACGAAAUCGCAAUAAAUGGAAAAUUGGAAUCGUGGAAGAUCUGAUUUCGGAAUCGUUCGAGCUGCCAAAUUUCCAGCGGGGAAAGGAACACUUGAACUGGCGGGACAACAUCUUUACCCACUGGAGCUGUCCUGCGAUCGGGAGAAUUUACAGGCUCCUCUACAGCUCAACCCCGAAGCCCCGACAUUCAGGCCCAGGAGGGAUGUAGCGGUAGCCGCUCGUUAUCGCAUUCAAGACGCGAACAUUGAUGCUGAUUAGAGAUAUUUAGGAACACUGAACUGAUAUACUGGACUAACUUUCUGUUUCGUUCAUUGAAUUUCAAAUUUUAUCGAGUGUGCCAUUCCAGUGUUUUUUCUCCGUUGAGAAAAAACAGGGGAGUGUGUGAGAGAUUAUUCAGCGUUAAUUGAUUUCCGGUUGAUUUUUUGCGAUAAGUGACAGACGAUUGAACAAUGGGAUCAUAUUAUAUAUUUAAAAUGAGAGAGACCAGAGCGUGAGACAGAGAGCGGUGAGAGAGAGAGGGAGAUUAAGUUGAUUUUAUAAAAUAAAAGCAGAUUCUUUAGUCUCAUUUCCGACACUUUGCUUUAUGAGAAAAGGCGGCUGCGUUUUGUGUUUUCCAAAGAGCCCAUGCAAAGUCCACCUGCCUAGUUAGGGACUGUUUGUCAGAAUUUUACCUGAGGUCCAAACUUGAACGUAGCCACUCACAGCAUGUUGUGCAUGCGUGACAUUUUUCGGACGUUACAUGUACGAGUACGUGAUCCGUUUGAGGGUCAGAGAUUUUGCGUAAAUAUUUGACGCCUCAACACAUCACAUCCUCGUCCACGUAAUGUCUCUAUUAACUGAGAUCUUAGAACGCUUCAUUGCGUGGAUUUGCCUUCUGCGGCCAGAGGGCUAAAAGCGAAUUCCUCGGGCGUAAUUGCUUUUGAUUUCUCAAUUGAUGUUGGCGCCAACACAGUUUUUGGGAGUCAUGAUACAAAAAAAAAAUUGUCGGAACCCAGUUUCAUUUUCUAAUGGAAAUAAAUGGCAAAGAAAAACACAAUCUUGAGAAAUAAAAUUUUAAAUAACAGGGGUUCUUUGAAACAAAUAAUGAUAGAAAAUGUUUCAUUUCUGGUCAAUAUUGACUUUUCAUAGCCUUCUUCCAAAUCUGAGGGAACGCGCGGAGGGAAUAAAAAAACAUACAUGUGUGUGAUAAUGCAAGAAAGAGGAUAAGAAUACAAAUAAAGAAAAUGGAGAAAAACGUAGGAACCCGUGUUGCGUGCCCUUUUGCAGCGUGCAGAUAUCUUUUAAGCCAGACCUACACACCUAAGCCCGACACCACGCAAAGAAACAAAUAAAAUAAAAGAAGGCCUAAGAACUUUAUAGAAGUGUUUUUUUGAAAAAAAAAAAAAAAAAGGAAAGCAAUGUUUACUUCUCAAGAAAGGUCACACAGUCACGCUGCAAAUGCUAUUUCUGCGUGGAAUUUCUUGAUGGUGGAAAGUGGAAAAAGCAUUUUCCAGUCUUAUUUUCUGGAAGCAUGGUGCAGUUAAUAAAUUUUUAUGUGGCUAGUGAUAUUUCCUUUCAAACGAAGGGGGUAGAGUUUCCCGUCAUCCAUGAUCUGGAAAAGCCGAAGUUGUUACACACGGGAACUUGUACGUCAACAAGCACGCGACAUGCGACUUUAAAAUCUCCUCACCUGUUACAGUUUCCUUGUUGUAAACUGUGCGAUAAUGAUGAUAAACACUCAAAUUAUAGACUAAUGAAUGUUUUGUUCUGUACAAAAGCCCUAUUUGCUGAUUUUAGCAAAUCUUCAAAAUAAUAAACGACAGAAGAAAGAAACGCUACGAUUUUCCUAUCCAAUUUUCGCCUACAUGCAUCUCUGCCAACAUGAAAUUUACCAUUUCUACCAAAAAUCUCGAAAGUUUUUCACAUUUUUAGCUUCUUUGAUCAAUCAUCUUGAAUAAAGAACUAAAAAAUGUAGGUUUAUUUAGUCAAAUGACCUCCUAGAGCCCGAAUUGCGUGAUAGGUGCAGUUGAGAGAAGCUUGUCACAGUCGUAGACUUAAAAAGGCAUCCAAGACAAAAAUACGGCAGUGACCAAAUAUUUUUUUGAUGGUUUUCAGAGAUGAAAUGAUGGAUUAUAAAUGGGAAUUAAGAUUAGUGUUUUAGCUUUCUGGCAAGACAUACAUUUUACCUAUUUUGAAGCGAUUUCCUCGAUGAAAACCAAGAAAAACCGGGGGGGAGGUGUCUAUCUUCCCCCGGAAAAAAACCAAAACAGAGACCAGUUUGUCUCUUUGAGUUUUGGGGUAGACCCUCUAAACUGGCAAAGUUUCAUUGAAAUCGGUGAGAUGGCAUGUAGCACGACUGCCCGGUGUUUCGUGUACACACUCUUGACUAGUCUCCGUAAAUCACCUAGUCACGUAUAUUAUCAAUUUUUUCUGUUACAAUUUGAGUAGCUAUUUAAAAAGAAAACCAUUGCAAAACGAUGCUGAAGCCGUGCAUGUCUACCUCAAGCCCAUCAGGGACCAGAAAACAAUCGAUCUUCACUUACACCGCGGUCGUUGGUUUUCCAUCGCGAACUUGUAUCUUUCUACCUAUGGAAGUCCACUUAACAUUUGUCCCGGCAAGAACACCUCCCUCAGGGGUUGACUCUCAGUUAGUUGUGAGUUGUCUCGAUUGUGGGCGGCGAUGCAUUUAGAACGUUAGCUUCAUUUUAUGCGUCAGUUUCUGUGGCAGUUUCUUAUUUUCUUGUGAGACACCCAUUGCGCCCUUAAGCAGGGGAGGGCUGGGUACACGAGAAUGGCAGAGUGAUUAGCAGACGACAUGAUUCUCACUGACACUCCAAAACAGAAAGUUAAUCGACAAUAUGUUGAGGACCUUCGAACUCAAAGUACUAUUAUUGAUUCCGCGCGAUAAACAUGGAAUGAAUUUUACUUAAAAGAGUUUUCUCAGUUUUAUUUGAGUGAUUGGAGACAAUACAGAAAGACCUUCGGGACUCAAUCAAGGGUCACCUCGACCAUUCAACAGAGGUGACCACUUAAUGGAGGUGAAAAUUGCAGUAUUUAAGGGGAAAAAUUUCAGGACUUUGACCACCGACCGCUUAAUGGAGGGUGAUCGCUUUAUACGAUGCCACUCAAUACAAGCUCUAUCGUAGGUUAGAAUGACCACCCUUUCUCACGAUAUAAGGAUUCAAAUAAAGUUACAUUUAAUGCUAACCAACGACAAGAGAUCAUGAGGGUCCCUUAUAACCUCUUGCCAAUGGUCAUGCAGUGAAUUCUUUUUGUACAGGAUGCAAGACGAACAGCUAUGAAUAAAAGAACUGAAUUUCCUAAGUACGUUCAGAAGUCAGACUUUGACGCAGCCAUAAAUUGUUUGUGUGAAGUAUUAAUUCUAAUGCCACGGAUUCCAGCGCUAAAUGCAAAAUUGAUGAAAAUUUACUGGCAGAGGGCAGAAUGUUACAGAAGAAAGGUUGGUAUGCCACUGUAGAUAUCAACGUUAACGUGAUAUACCGCUGCUGGUAAAGUGCAUCACCAUGAUUGCAACAGGUCGCUAAAGGUCAGGAAAAGUUAGGGAAAAAAUUCUCCAAUGUUUGGAAAAGUCUGGGAAUUUCACUUUGAAUGAGAAAGAAUUCAGAGAAAAAUGAAAUUUUUAGUUUGCAUAAACUCAUUUAUCUUGUCUUGGCCCUCUUCACGACCUGAAAGAUGCCGUUGUCGCUGAUAUACUUUGUUCAAUUACAAGCAUAUCGUUACAACCCUGAUGACAUGUUACCACUUUUAAUUGAAGUCUUAAUUUUGUCGGUAUUAUUUGUAUCCCCUUCAAAAAGUGGCGCACUCCUGAAGAUAUUUGACAAAACUUAUCUUGGUCAAUUAUUUUCUAAUAUGCAAUCAUUCUUAAUCACUUCGAUAACAAACACAGUAAGCAGUAUGGGUAAUUUGUGAUAUUACCUGCAAAAGUAAAUCAAAUAAUCAAUCGUUAAUCAUUUCACGUCAGAGAAAUUUUGCUGUGUUUAUAGCCACAUUAAAAAUGCUAAGAGCUGAGAGAAUUUGACAAGUGUUUGUAUAACAUUCCCUUUACAUAAUAUAUUUGUUAAAAAAAAAAUAACCGCCAAUCCGAACUUACACAUUCUGCACUAACUUGAAUACGCGAAAUGACUGCCAGAUACCACAAAUCAUAGAGAGUACUGGAUUAUGGCCUUUGUAGUAAACGCGAUACAUGCGAAUCAAAAAACAUAGCUAAUAAAAAUCUGAUGAAAGUUUCAAACGAAAGAAGAAAUGAAUUUGAUAGCUGUCUUGAAACAAGGACUUAAACCAUGGAAGUUGCCAAAAUCCCUGAGCACUGGGAGAUAGCCUGCCAACGAAUUGGAAAAACUUGAAUGGAUAGAAGCACUUGACUGAUAACUUUACGGUCAUCUAGGAGAACUAGUUCGUUGCUGCCGACAACGCUUAUCCUUAAUCGCUUUCCUCUUCGCUCUCUGCUCUGUUCGGAACAUUUUCUUUUCGACAUCAGAAUUUAAUGCGAGCUCGUCAGAUAGUUAUUCGUUGACCGUAAGCCAACAAAACUCGCUCUCGUCAGCGCACUUGAUGGCCUUUAUUCUUUUCGAUAUCAAAUGAGUACCUUCUUCCAGAGUGCGCUUCGUUCUCUCUCGAAGCUACUUUUCAGGGCGUUCAAAGCGUCAUCCAGCUUAUCGAGAGCUGGUUUCCCUUACCAACACAUGUGUAGCUCUCACGACGAGUCUUCUUCACGGCUUCUUCAAAUGUAGCACUGUUACUUUGAGCAAAACUUGUUAGCCUAGAUUCGACUACUUGCGUUUAGUUUUCAGUUAGAGAAUCGACCGACGUCGAAAUAACAGAUCUGAUUACUUGAUUGAUGGAUGGAUCCAAUACGGUUACACCAUCUUCUGCUACGUCCGUGGAACGAGAUGCUAGAAGUUCAUCCGUAAUAAAACUAACAACCAGUGCGGAUGCAUUCACAGACCCAAAGGGCGAACACUCGACUACUCGACACUUGUAUGCCGCUAUUAAAAUAACUUAACACUAAGGAGACAUACCGAUACACUUACUAAUAAACACAAAAUGCUAUUCAGAACGUGCAGAAAAAAAAUAUCUCCUCAACUGCGCAACUCAGAUAUUUUGAUACUCCCGUCCAAAGACGUCUAUCGCCCAGAAUUUUAUGAUCUUCACGUAACAUCGUCAGUAUUUUACUGACGAGAGUCAUACAUUCGUAAAGGUGCGUCGCAAUUUCCAGAUACAUGUCAAUUGUAAGCAUGCUGUGCAAAUCAAAACGAACGACAGAAGAAUUCACUCGGCUAGAAAAAAUUUGCAUCAAAUCAUGAUCACCUUUGCCGAAAAUUUGGUUGUAUGGCAUGUUGUCAAGCUUUCUAUUAAUGUUUCCUCGAGUCCCUUGUCAUGCGUUUGUGGCAAUCAGAUUUAUAUUUUCGUUGGUAUAGAAAUUGUUGGAAAAGAGGUGAUUUUCAACCAUAACUACUUCUUUUAAUCCUUUCUGCUGAUAUUUACAGCACAACUUUGAAGAUGCCCUAAAAGAUUGCGAGGAAGGUUAGUAUCUCAUUCGCGUAAAGUCAUAUUUUAUUUGUCUUAUUUCAUAUAUAUUUUCAAAUUGCAACAUUCUUGAAAACGGGUGCAUACACGUAUAGAGAUAUAGAGAUAUAUAGAUAUAUAGAGAUGAAUUUUGUUUAUUAUAUACAUUCUGAGAUUUACACACCGAAAAGGCGCGAAAUAUAUUCAUUCACAAGCUGGUCGAGGGAGCCGAGGGUCAAUCAAAUGGUGCGUAUCCCAUUUUGCAUGUGUGAAGAAAACGAUAUGUCCAGCCAGGCACCGAUUAUCUAAACCGAUCGGAAAAUCAUAAUUUCAAAUCGGCUUUAAGGGCUGUUUCUUCGGUCAAAUUACUUACAAAAGAUGAGUGAGAAGAGAUAUGUCUCUUACCAGACUUCUAUGAAGGAUUUUGUGGAAAGCCUGAACAUGAAGAACAAAACACACACACACACACAAAAGAAAAAGAAAAAGGAGGCAAAGCGAGAUCUGUUUGAAACUUUUAAAAGGAUCACCCUGUUCGACGUUAAGACGGAGAAGACCAUGAUACUUUUCAAGUAUAUAUCUCUUACUAACCCAGUUCGAGGGCCGUACUGUAGGUUACGGGCCGAGUUUAUUCCGCACGGGUUUAUUGCCCAAGCGCGAAGCGCGCAGGCCACAAAUUAAGCGGAAAAACGAGGUUCCGUGACUUUAAUUACGGGCCAAGAAAAACGAGGUUAGUAAGAUGUUUAUUAUAUAUCCUGGCUAAACUAGAGGGGGAAGAUUUCAGUUCAAGUGGAACGGCCAUUGAUGAUUGACGCGCGUCAAGGCCUAAGCAGGAGAACAUUUUAUUGGCUUCCAAUGAAAAUUGGACUUUGAGUCGUCAAAGGUUCUAAAGAUUCGUUUAAUGCCCAUUGUUCAAAAUAAUGCAAAUUGCAUGAAAAUAACAGUUCAAGUGUACAUAGGUUUUCUGCAAGGAACUGUGAUGCAACGUUUUGUAGGUAAAUCUUUAGUUGAAAGUUCUUUCAAAUGUCCGAAAUCUGCAGAGCACAACGAGUUCUUUCGUAGAGUGCGUAGAAAGUGCGAACUAACGGCUAACUUUGUUCAAUGUUAACGUCAAAUGAAUGGCAUGUACUAAAACCCGAAACCGCGAAACGAAACGACUUUAACGACCAAAACGAAAUGACCGUUAUGAUAAAAAAAUAAAUAAAUGAAAAAAGCCACUACAACGAUUGAGACCAGUGAAGGAUGAAAUGUCUCUCGCAUUUAAGGCUUUUAACUAUUAAGGCCCUCUCAGGAAGCUCGCUUUUUUUUUUACUAUAAUUUAUAAACUAUAAUUUGACACUUAUAUAUAGUUUCUUGCACGGAACCCCAGCCAUUUUGAAUACCUCAUCAUAUACUGAAAGGAGAGGAAGAAACCGUUAACGAUAUUUAUUGACGACGUCUAUGUCCAAUUUUUUAAAUUGAUUUUUUUUAAACGAUCGAGAGAAUUGAGAGAAUUUAAUUUUCCCGUGAGGUAGAUCAGGGGUAGACCAUAAUCGAAACGAGACGAAUAUGUCGGCUGACGCCUGACGCCUGACGCCUGACGCCCUUAGGCAUUCAUUUUAUUUUAUUAUUAUUAUUGACUUUUUUUCUAUUUUUCGUAUGUUCCUUUGAUCGUUUCUGUCAUUUCGUUGGUCCUAAGGUUUGCUUCGUUUUGAUCGUUUCGUUUUGGUCGUUCCGCUGGUUUCGCUUGUUUCGUUUCGCUUUGCUCUUUUCGCUUGUUUUGUUUCGUUUUGGUCGUUUUACUGGUUUCGCUUCUUUCAGUCUAAAAAGUCUAAAUUGACACCUAUAGUGGAGAUAUGACUUAUUUUAGUCAUUGAGUUUUUUUUCUAUUUUUACAGCUGAUAGACUUUGUCCUGGAGAUCAACGCGUACUUGUGACAAAAAUGUUCGUGCUUGAAGAGUUGAGAAAGUAUAAACAAUGCUACGAAGUUUGUAACCAACUGAUCAGUAAAGGAUUUAAGGUAAUUCAUGAAACUCAUCGUAUUUAGUCACGAGUUAAGAUAUUUAUUAUGUAAUAGAUACUUAAAUGAGGUUCGGAUAUAACACGCGCUGUCAAUAGGUUGAAAGAGCGUGUUUUAUCGUAGUAAAAGAAAAAAGAAAAACUAAGCUGAGUUAAAGAUGUCACGCCAUCUGCCAAUUUGUACAAUGCCCGACAGUUUCCACGGACUUCUCUCUACCUUUUUUCGUCAAUUGAAGUUAAAAUUUCAGAACAAGCGAGCCGGCAACUGGUAACAGAGGAACCGAGCAAGGCUUUAUAGACAUGCCGAGCGCCUAUACAACUUUCAAACUUUGCCCCUGCAUGUCGCUUAACAACAAUAAAGAUCGAGGCCACGCGAAACAACAUGCUCCUUGAUGGGCCUGGAAUAGGAUUGGCUUAUCCGGGCACUCAUUUGAACACAGUAUCGGCAAAGUCGCGUACUAAAGGUAUCAUAACAUGAGCAGAGACGAAUAUCACUAAAGAGAACACGAAAUGGACUGUCCGAGUCCUGAAGGUUUUCACGCUAAGUCAGAUUGUAAGCUUAUAUACGGUAAUAAAAUUCGACCAUAGCUUACACUCGUAUAGUUUAUAUAUUCGCGUGUUAAAAGCAAGAAAAGAGUAGAAAAUAGAAAGGAUGAAAAAAAAAACAACAACAACGACAACAACAACAAACAAAAAAAAACAAACUGGUAUAACGGUUAAAAUUUAUACAAAUCAUGACUAGUUCAUCGAGGUGAUAUCCGGUCAUCGCAGUGACGCAAGCCUCAGAAAUUGCAUUGUCCGCCCUUCGAGUGAACAAUUGAGAGCUUGCUUUGAUUUCUUUUCGAGGCGAGGAGUGGAAGGCCGGUUCUUUCACAGCAACCGAGUUUCAUGGCUCUGUCACCCCGAGCAAUCUUCAUGUUCCUGUGGAUUUGGCUGCCUUCCUUCGUCAAAUACGCGCAUUGAGCAUUUUGUUUUCGAAGUGUCAUGUGAAAACAAAUUUCCACCAUUUCCUAGACUUCUCGCCAGUUUUUUUCAUUAAUUGAAACUGAAAUUUCGGAAUAAGCGAGUCGGCACGUACUAACAGAAGAACCAAACAAAGAUUUGUAAACAUGCCAAACGCUGUAAUUUCCGUUAUUAUAUCGUGAGCAGAGAGGAAAAUCUUUAAAAAAGGAAACGAAAUGAACACUCCGAGUGUUGAAGGUUUUCACUCUCAGUUAGAUUGCAAGCUUACCGGCCUACGGUAAUAAGAAUAAAAAACAGCUACCACUCUUAUUGUAUGUAUAGGUUCUUGUUCGAAAAAAAAACAAAACAAAAAACAAAACAAAAAAAUCAGGAAUGAUGAAAAAUGCAACCAAACUGGCAUAACGUUUACAAUUAAUUCUAAUCAUGACGGUGUUAGAGCAAAUGCGAUCGUGCUGAAGUCCAUCACGGUUACCUCAUCAUGGCGAUCUCCGGUCAUCGCAGUGAAGCAAGCCUCAGAAACUACAUAGGCCGCCCUUCGAGUAAAAAACUAAGAGCUUGCUCUGAUAUUCUUUCCGAUGCGUUAAGUGGAAGGUCACAUUAGUCACAGCAGCCGAGUUUUUACAGCGCUGUCUUCCCGAGCAAUCUUCAUGUUUCUGUGAAUUUGGCUGUCAUUCAUUCAUACAACGAACGCCUUGGGCAGUUUGUUUCAAGAAAAUCGAUAAUAACUGAAAUAUGCCAAAAUUCCGCUCUCGAAGCUCAAAACUUCAGACAAAUGUCGGGGCGUCACACCACAAAUUGAAAACAUCUGAAUUGAUAAGGAGUUCCGAGUCUUGAAAAACAAUAUCGAGAUAUAUGUUGACAGCAAUUUCAGCAAUCCUUAAUCAUUUAAUUACACAAUCUAAUUAAAUUUAUCCGACCUACUUCGAACUAAUUUAAAAAUAAGUCAAAAGUAACCCGUUAUUUAACCAUGUGCUUCUAAAGAUAAUUGGCUGAAAAUCUGGUGUUUGGAAGGAAAAGAGUAGUUCUUUUCGAUCUCCAAAGGAAUUUUUUGGGAAAUAAUUCAGUGCGAUUUAAUCAAGUUUUAAAGUUUGAUAAAAUGCGCCGAUUUGACGGUGCCGUUUAUUAGUCGAAAAAAGUACACUAACUCUAAGCAAACUCAAUUGUUUCGCAUUUUACGUCCAAUCUACAGCUUAUUUAACAUAAUAUCCUCUUAGUUCCGUGAUGCUAUUUCAAAAAGAUAAUAAGAGGAUGCAGUGUUGAAAUUGUGGCAUCAAUUGUCUCACUGGCGACAUAACUUGGCAGGAUAGUCAACGCCUCUUGAUAAUGAGUUGUUUACAAAGUGUGUCUUGGGGCUUCUAAUUUGAGGUUUCACUAUUCCCUUUUCGUUGAAAAGGAGGUUGUAAUUACUUGAAGUAAGAGAACUUUGCUUACAUAUUAGUUUUUCAUCAAACUGCGAACCAAAUUUAGGCGGAAUGUUGCUAUUUAUGAAAUAUACUUCUCGUGUGCCUAAUAACGCUGAUUAAUUCACAAUGACGUUUACUGACAUUGACAACUCCGCAAAAUAGAGCACUUUACUGAGAAACGCGUAGCUUUGGGAACUUGGGUCGCGUUUUAAAGACGCGAAACAAAAGCAAGCAUUAAACUUAUCAAAGGAAUUGGAGAGGGUGCUUUUAGGGUAACCGCUGACACGACACUCAGUAUAGAAACACUUCGUGUUUAAUUUGGGUAAGAACGAACCGUACGGGAUGAUCUUUGCCUUGAAUAAUGGUAAGGAUUUUAUAAAAAUCAGAUAUGAAACGAAUUAAGGGAUGGCGCAUAUAAGUUUCAAUUUUCGUUUUCUGUCAUUGUUUUUCCUCGAAGACCCAGACUUUGAUGAGAGACUGGAAAUUGCGAUAGUAAGAAAAUUUCUCACGUUUUGUCUAUAAAUGUUCUUGUUCGUUGAUAAAUUGAUUUAUGAGUCCUUCUUAGCUCAUUCAUGCUGAAAGCAAUGAAUGAGGUAUCGUGGUGGAGUGGAUGUUGACCGUAGACGGAGGUUGCAUUGUGGACCGUGAACGGAAGUAGUAUCGCACGCUACCCCUCCCCACUUAGUGAAAGUCAAAAUUAAUUUCGAUGAAACUCAGAAACUCAUGUGGAAAGAAAUAAAAAGGUUUUAUGGUUAAUAAAAAUAACAAAGUCAAAUCACAUUUCCGAACUUCUAAAAAUGCAACUUGAAUCGAGAAGCCGAAAUGUCCACACCCAGGGGCUCAUUUCAACACACUUCAACACACGUUGUGACCACGCAAUAGAGCAUCAGGGGCAGCCAUAUUGGUAGGCCUCGCAUUUGCGUUCGUCUUCAGUUGCUAUAAACACUCAGGGUCUUAAAAUAACUGCUGCCUUUGUAAUUACAUCUGCAAAUGGUUAGAUAUUCUAUUCGGAUAAGGACGAAAAACCGUAGGCCCCGUCGCAGGGGACUUUAACGUCACGCACUUGUCGAAAAUAUUGCAUUCGCCGUUUCGCAGUUUGGUUAGGAACUAGCAAAGUUCUCUUUGUGAAGUAAUUACAGUCUCCUUUUCAACGAAACUGGGAAUGGAGAAGCCUCAAAUCAAAAGCUUGUAAGAGCAUGAUGGAAAGCGUUGACUAUUCUAUCUUGCUUUUAUGUAAACGAUGCCGUAAUUUCAGGACUGUGACCCCCUUCUUUGAAACAAUGACACGGAAGGUAAGAGGAUAUUAUGCUAAAUAAGCUGUAGAUUGGACGUAAAAUGCGAAACAAUUGAGUUUGCGCGUGUAUGUGUACCUUUUCGACUAUUAAUCGGUGCAUUUUGUCCGACUUUGAAAUUUGAUUAAAUCGUUCUGAAUCAUUUCCUCAAAAAUUCCUUUGAAGGUCAAAAAGUCUCUUCGCUGUCCAAACGCCAGAUUUUCAGUCAAUUAUUUUUUGAAGCACAUGGUUAAAUAACGAGUUACUUUAGACCUGUUUUUAAACUAAUUAGAAGUAGGUCAGAUAAAUCUAAUUAGAUUGUGUGGAUAAAUGGUCAAGAAUUGCUGUCAACAUAUUUUCUUAUGUUGCUUUUCAAGGUCUGGUACUUUUCAUCAAUUCGGGUGUUUCCAUUUUGUGUUUUGACGCUCCGAGAUUUGUCUAAAAUUUUGAGCUUAUGAAGCAGCAUUUUAACGGAAUUCAGUCAUCGAUUUUCUCGAAAAUAAAUUGAUAUUCUGCUAAACGAAGUAUGCAGCGAUUUUUUUCACUUUAAGGCCUACCUAACUUGACAAUAUGAGCCAAAUUGAUUUUUUGGCUCUUGCCGCCAGAUUUUUGAAAAUGUUCGAUUUUUGGCUACAUUUGCUCUUAAACUCGACCUGCCAAACUAUUUCAGUUUGUAAACUUAUUUACAUUGUGAACUUUGCUGGUUUAACACCUUUGGUAGCUCGUAGUCUUGCUCAACUUGUCAGAUUAUUUGAACCAUUCUAACAAGGUUUCUUAGUGGACGAUGGCAUCAUGCUCUAUGAGAGUAUAGAGCAUGCUGACGACUCUAUUAUUCGCUUUGGAAAUACAGUUUGUUUUGGAAAGAGAAAGUAAAGCGAAGGGAAGUGGAUGGAUUCUUUAUAACGAAACAAAUGAAGAAGCCUUGACUGUCCCCUGUUCUGUUGUAAAGCACUUAGGAAGCGACUAGAGCCAUCAGGAGGUUGGGAGAAAUACUCGACUACGCCUCGUGUUUCCACUACACUUAUUUUGUGCUCUAGCCUCUUCCCGCGUGCCUUACAACUCAACAGAGCAGAGUAAAAGCUUCUUUAUUUAUUAAUUUAGGUCUUCUUAACUAUUUUUUUGAGAGAUUUUGUCAGGGAUUUAUGUGAUAGCGGGACUAAUACUGCAAGAAAAGUUUUAAUGACAGACGCCACCUUGGUUUUUAUUUUAUUUUCGUUAGUCAUUGACAAGACCUCGAUUUGCCGUUGAUGCAUUAGAGAGAUCAAAACAAACGACCUCAUUUUUUACAGAAAAGUGCAACUUGGUUAUUUAAAGGACAAUUACUAUUUUAAGAGUCAGUUCCUGCUUUCCGCACGGGAAAUGGCUCGUUUCUCUGCUUCCGCGACUACUUUUUCAUUUUACUUGCAGAUCAUAUAAAACAUUUAAUACUCUUAGGCCUUUGUUGGCUGGUGAAGAGCCAUCCUGAAGUGUGCAUAGAGGCUUCAAUUCCUGAAAAUCUUAACACUGUUGUUCGUGCUGUUAGAUUUGAGGUGACAGACAUUAUGCAUUUCUCCUUCAUAGGUGGACGACGCCAAAAGGACCAUUAAACGAUUGAUGCCCAAGGUUGGUGGAAACGCUCAUUAAUUAAGUCAUAAAGCUCUUUAAAAAUUUUCAAAACUCAAAAGUAUCUUCAUCUAUCAAGAAGGAAGGUGAAAAGGAAUUAGUCUUUUCUGUUAGUAUUUUCUUUAGUCGAGUGUACCAUUUUCUCCUCCCUCUUGGUAUGUUUUAUCUUCAUGUACUAUACGAGUGAUCUCAUUAUAAAACAAAUCAUGUUUGAAUCUGAGUUCGAUCAUUUUCACUCGUGGAUAUGCCAAGCAUAGAUACGAGUGAUGUAGGGUUUUCGAUAUGCACCUUCGUGUUCGUAGGGUUAGCAUGAGCUCCUGUGUGUCUUCUCGAGACGUCCCGCUUUCUUGGUUUUGUUAAAAGUUAGACCUCUUGAAGGCUUCCUUUCCAGCAGUUUAUUGUAACUGAUUUUAUUUGCGACGCUGUUAAUAAUUUAUAGCGUUUGCAUUUAAACAUUUUUAUAAAAGAAAAAAAUUAUUUUGCAUUCUCACUUUACUCGCCAGAUGCUAAUAUUGCGCAUUACGGCCAGUCGCGCGGUCUAAAAAAAGCAUAUUGUACGCAAGUACUUGUAAAUUUUCUCGGCCUGAUGGGUUACCAAAUUCGCCACCUAAGACGCGACGUCGAGCGCACUUGUGAGCGCACUCGCGAAAAAGCUACUAAAUUGAACACGUCUACCAUUUCAUCUUCAGAUUGAGCGAGAAAGUAAAGAGUCUAAGAAGGAGGAUGAUUCAGAACUCUCGCAAGCACCAGGUUAUGCCGAAGGCAAGGUAAAAGUAUGGUUUUUAAAGAGGAACACUAGUUAUUUGAUGGGUUAAUAUAUCAUGCGCGUGGAAAUUGUCUGGUAGGUUUCCAAGUCCCGUCGGGUAAAGAAAAAUGCGAACAGUGAACAAAAUGUACGCUCCGUAUUACUAAUCAAAUUGUCGACUGAGAGAUUAAUCAUUUCUCUAUUAUUGCACUUACUAUUAUAUUUGCUUCUUUUUUUACGAAACACCUUCAAUGGUGUUAUCUCAGUAUUAAACCUUUAUCCUCGCGAUCCUUUAUCUUUUCAUCAAUGUAGCUUUCACCUUCCAUGAUGGUGAACGUUAAUCAAACUUGAAAAUUAAACUUACAAUAACUUUAUCUCUGACGUUAUGCUACGUUAGUAUGAAAAAAAUGACAAAAAUGACAAAAAUGUUUUUCAUUGCAGGGGAAUAAAUCAAAAAAGAAGAAAAGAACAAAAAGGAAGGGGAAGAGAAAGCAGGGAGGUAAAUAAUUUCUCACUAAUCGGAAUGUGUAAACCGUGACACAUUUGGUUGAAAAAGCCGUAUUUAUGGAUUAUCAAGUGGGUCCUUAACUUGGUCCUCAGAAUUUUAAUUCAUACUUGUUUCAACUAUUAAAAGAUUGCGAUAAAACAUUUCAUUACUCUCAGAAAUAAAGAAACACCGAGAGAAACACCGAUGAUAGUAGCACAGUAAGAAUUAGUCUUCCAUUUAAAGUUCAAGUUGCCACUAAUGCGGUUCGGAAGCAGUUGCGCGACCCUAGGCAUAAGAUUCUCCCUGCAUUGCAGCCAGUUUUUGUCAGCAAAAAAAUGGGGCAAGCUCUUAAACUGAAAGAAAUCAAGCCGUCAAUUGUGAAUCGGCAAUGCAUUGUUUACCGUUUCUCAUGUGAUCCAUGCGAUGCAAAUUAUGUUGGGUACACAGCCCAACACCUUCAUCAACGCCUUGCUGAGCACAAAUAUUCGGCAACCACCUCUUGAAACAAAACCGAUUUAGAGUUUUAAGAAAGUGCCAGGGAAAAUUUGAUUGUAUAGUCUUUGAAAUGCUGUUCAUCAAGAAUCUGACGCCUAAUUUAAAUAUCCAGACGGACACCAUACGAGCCAAACUUUUUGUUGAAUUACUAUUGUUCUUUUCUUACGGUAUAGCUUUUUAUCACCCAAUGGUGUUUUGGUAUAUAUAGACUGCAACUUGCAAAUAUAUAUAUAUAUAUUUUUUUUUUUUUGACUUGGUAAUGACGUUUAGCCAACAUCGAGACGUCGUCGUUUUUUAGAAAUUUUGAAUUGUUCAUAAUAAUUGUUUUAUCGCAAUUUUUUAUAGUUCAAUGUUCUUCUAAAUCACUUCUUCUUUGUAGACCUGUUUUAACUCUCAGUUGACAUGCGAGUUUCCCCUUCAGCUCUUUCUAGAAAAUUUAGAUAUAAAUGAUGGAAGUCUGAGCUUUAUUUCCUUAAAGCACUUGGAAAAUAUUUAUUAUGAUCCAUCAAAUAUUUUUGCUUACGUGCGAUUGGUCUAAACGCAUCACCGAAUAUUUCUCAGCUAAAACUUAGGGAGUUCUGGGGAUUUCCUGACUCAAUUUUUGUACCCCAAUCUUCAAACCUUACGCCAAUUACUAUGAAUCUUCAUUAAAAUUUAAUUCAAGGUGAGAGAGCGUCUAUGGUUGUUACAGAGGAUGGGACAUGUUUGUUCGACCAUUAAGUCAUAGUAGAGAACACUUAAAAGAGAACUGACAUCCCACGCAGCAAACACUAAGCCUUCCGUAAACAUUUUUUACGCUCGUUGCAAAAUAUUUGAAGGAUAGAAGCACAAUGGCCCCUAUUUUACGCGAAAAAAGGCAUGAAUAUUUGUUCUUGGACAUAAUCUGUACCUCGAAGCUCAUAAUCUUCCUCGAGCUUCCCUGUGGGAAAACUGUUUGGAACAGAUAAAUAUACACGGACAAAUAUCCUUGCACAUAUUCGCGGCUUUACAUAUUUUUGACAGUCCCUGGAAAGUAAACUAACCAAGCGCUUUUACAAAAUGGAAUAAAUGUACAUUUUCAGGUGCAAAUACAGCGAAUAUUGUUAUGAAAUCAAACACAGAUGAAUCCAACGCGAUGUGCAGGUAGUUGUUGUUAUUUCUAUUAUGUGUUUGCUCUGAGCAUAUCUACAUGUCUCAAAAUCAUAAAGAAUCCUCUUUUACUAAUACGUUAACGUUAUGCUGGGUCAAUUCAAUCGUGCUAUCGUUCUUUAUCUUCCCCGUUUCCGAAACUAUGUUUUUAAAAUUUUUGUUAUUGGUUCCUCUCCAAAUUUGGAUAAUUUUGGUACUUUGUCUUGCUGUUAAGUGAUAUAUGUUCAACUUUAAGAGACGGAUAAACACGAGGAAAGAUGGCGGGAGUGUGUAAUAACAUUUUGCUUUACCUACAUCUUAGAAAUUGCAAUAUCCAGAUAAGGAGAGAAUAAAUUUAACUUCUCACGAAUAAGAUUUGAGUAAUACUCUUCAUGAGUAUAGUUAUUCACAUAAAUUAUUUACAUAAAAUGUUUCUCGUUUCUGUUUUUCAGCCGAAAUGAUGAAUCCUUGCAAAGACUACAAGAUGACGAAGAUUCCAGUGACCUAGGGGAGGAAGCUAUUGAUGAGACGUGUGUCGACACAAACGUGACGCGCAUGGAAGAUAUUGCUUCUGAAAUUUUAGUAGUUAAAAGUAAUAAACAAGGAAAUAUCGAAGCUGCUAAUGUAGAACAUUGUUACACAACAGCACCUAUUGAAGAGGAUUACAGGAAUACUGAUGCACCGGGCAAGCGAAAGGUUAGUUGAUUUCCUCCGAUGAAACUUGUUUAGUAUGUAUUAAUUUUUAAUUUUCAGCACGAGCAUCAAUUUCGAUUUGUAGUGGAGGUUUGUUAGGAAAUAAUGCACGCUCUUCUUCGUAAUCAGAUACUUGAUGUCAAAAAGCGUUUUGAAAUUUUCCUCACGUAUCUCAUCUUUUCCAUCUGACAUACAAGUAAUCGAGUGGAUCCUAAAGAGCGGAUCGCGGCGGGGUAUUUUCGACCGGGCGUCUUAUAGUGUGACUCUUCUCAGCCCUAUGGAAAAACGAGUGAAAUGCGUCUGCGUAAAUAGACAAUAGGAAAAGUUCACCUGGAAAACAUGCUAGCAUAUUUGUCUGCGGAUAUCGCCUGUUCAAAGGAGCUUCAAGGAUUAACACUCUUUCAGUUUUUUGAGAUCAUUGAGUCUUUUAUCCUCAAAAUAUCUUCCGCAGUACUUGAAAGAAAUAAUUUUCAAACAGCUCACCCCCGAAAACUGACUCUGCGUUUCUUUAUUAAGGAAAACGUUUCCCCUCUGAAACCUGGAGUUAGAGCGUUGCAAAGUGCAACACCAACUAUUCCUGGAUCACCGAUAGGUAUGUUUGUUUUUUUUUUUGUUUGUUUUAUGGAGGUGUAACAUUCAAUUUUGAUAUGAGUGAUAGCUAAAAAUUGGGUGCUAUCCCGGUUAAGGUGAUUCCUCUUUAAAAAAAGUUAUCGAAAAAUUGUCUCUUUAACGGUAACCUUACCUUGCUCCUUACCAUUGUUUGUUUCGAAAAAUACAGUUAAAAGGAUAGGUCACCGUGCUUGUUUAGGAGGUAUAGUGGGCCACACUUACAAAUGUAUGCCUGUACUGGCACUUAUCACGCAUCAAUUUAACGGUUCACGAUACAUUUUACUGCCGCUGGAAGCCAGAGUUUUUUAAAGUAACACUUGUACAAAAACUUGAUAGGUAGAAAGAAUUGAGCGUAUGGAUCAAUUUGACAUAUAAUUUGUGGGAAAAACACGCAAAUUUAAACGACAUUGACUCAAAACGUUCCUCAAAUCGUUCCUUUCAAGGUCCUUAUUUGCAUCUUCGAGUAACGGGCUUCAUGCACGCUUUUAGCCUGAAUUUCCCCAAUUUGAAGGGUACAAUUUGUACUUCAAAAUUAUGCAAAAAAUAUAGAUCACCGUGCUCGUUCAAGAGUUAAAGACCAUCGUACCCUUUACCUGGUCCUUUGAUUGAAAAACAAUACCAUAUUCUCGGAAUGAGCGUGUGCUUAUUAGCCUUAUGCGCAGUACAGGAUGCGCAGUGCAAUACUGAGGAAUCACCUCAAUCAUAUUUAUAGAAAACUUUAAGAAAACCAAGUCUUCGUUCCAGGGUUAUUCGAGCGUACCUAGAAAAGUAAAAGUGAACUGGUUCAGCAUCGUCAAAUUUAUUACAUAUGUGUAUUUUAGGUGCAACUGCAGCAAGUGUAUCAAACACGAAUGAUUCUAAAUCUCCGUUCAGGUAAGGUGUCAAUUUUUACCUGUUUGGAAUUGGAAGGAACUUCUCUGAAUAGAACGAAUUGUGCUAGUUUAAUUUCAUGUCUCUUCGUAAUUAUUAUCAUUAUUAUUUUUUUGUUUUGAAGGGGGAGGGGUCCGUGAGAGAGGGGAAAUUUUCUUGAUCCAUAUAGAAGAUAUGGGUGUGUUUGCAUCCAUUUUGUUGUGUCUAGAUCCCGGAACGCGGGAAUUUCCCGUGCGAGAACCAAAUGAAGUUGUUAACCACUGAUUAAAGCCUUUUGAAUAGUAGCUUCUUCAUUAAGAAGGCAAUUGUCAUAAUGAGCUUGAACAUAACGUAAUUAUUUUGGGUCCGUUUUUUUUUUUCCUUUUUUUUUUUUUUUUUUUUUUUAGCAAUAAUGAUGGAUCGUCUACAACUCCAGGAGAUGACAGAGCUAUCAGGAAGUCAGAAGAAGAAUCAGUGGAUGUGAAGGUUAAUGACUUAGAAGUGACCAGAAAGAUACACGCUGUUUCUAAAAUUUUCCCGGUUGAUAGGAGUGAACAAAUUUCAAAUGACUUGAAUCGUUUAUCCAUAUUCGAUGAAGAAGAUGAUGGGAAUAUUGGAAAAAUGCAUUUUUGUGGCAGUAAUAAACUAAACGAGAGAGAGGUUUGUUAGUGUUUUUUCAUACAAAUCUGUCAGAAUCUUUCUGCCACUGUCAUGUUUAUUGGUGAAAGUAUGGACUUGACUUAAUUUGAAAUGUUCGUAAUUCUAAUCAUGGGUCAGGGUGCGUAGUAUUUAAAACUAAGAGAACAGCUCAUGUUUUUAAAUGUAGCUGUUCUUUCUGUUCAUUGACAUUCUCCGUGAUUCUCUUUGUAGGAAGGAGAACCUUUCCGCAAACCUGAAACCACAAUGUCACCCAGAGAGAAAGCUGCUCUUCCUGAGUUUUCAGCAGGUGCGCUUACAAUUAUCAUAGGUACUCUAAAAGGCUCGUGGAGGCUUGGACGCGAUUAUAUUUUUCGUGGCAUUAUGUUACAUCCCACUAACGGAAACUAGUUUGUGGCCAUUCACUCCAUGCAAAAAGCAUUUGUCAAAGAGGAAGCUAUGUGAUCAGUUUUCCUAAUUAAUAUGUGCACGUUGCCAGGUUCAUUAUCUACCUUGUUCCCUGGGCCUCUUCUAUAAACAAGGUAAUUUCGGGUAUUAUUUUUGUAUAGGUAAUCACAUGAAUUCGAGUGCAGUUUGGAAUAAAUAAGCACGAGUAAAUUUUUUUCAAAGACUAACAAAAUUGCGCGAGCCCGUGGGGCAAGUGCAAUUUGUGGUCUUUGAAAAUUUUCAUAAGUGCUUAUUUAUUUCACAUUGCUCGAGAAAAAUCAUGUGAUUACGUUUUAAUGAUAUACAUGAAAAAAUGCGAUAGCUUAUUAUAAUUAUACAGAAGCAAAGCACGCGCAUCGAGUGCAAAAAUAAUUUAUUCAAACCAUGCAAGCGACAUUGUGUGUUCGGUCAAAACAACCGCGUACGAUCAAAAUAUUGAUAUACAAUGAUAUUUUCAUAUCCUUAAGGCGCAAAAAAGUUCAAAGUCCGGCUAAACAGUUCAAGGAAUUAUUUAGUCUGCUUUGUUAAUUAACCCUCUUCUGCACUGAAUUACCUGAAAACUGCAUUUAUCUUAACAGAUCAGAACUGAGUUAUUUUUUCAUGUAUCUUAUUAGCAUUAAAAUAAGUGCGCAAUUUCAGUUAUUUCAUGGUGCAAUUUCCAAUUUAGUGUCGCAAGAAUUGCAUUUUUUUGGUUCCACCAAUCGCACUAUGAUUGGUGUCUUACUUAAAUGCCACGCUUUCCACUAAUCUCAUGUAGAACUAAACCUCCAAAGUAAUCUGAUAUUGUAUUGGCUUGAUCUACUAAACUCUCUGAUUGGUCUUGGAAACUGGUGCCUCAUCUAAGCCAGUCUGGCAUAAAUCGAAGCAAAUUACGAUUUGGUCAUCCGCGUUUUCCGCGAAAUAGCAUUUACAUGCAUUUCCUUAGAGUUCUCGCUUUGUUCAUUUUGACGAAGACUAUAACUCAUAACUGUUACAUAUUUUGGUGAAUUCUUUAAAUUUUCCAUGGGACAAGAGAACACUAAAAGCGUCCUCCAACGUUAAACCUCUCAAGAAUGUAUCAGAGGUACAGCCUAAAUUUGACCUAAUUGAGUAAAUGAAGAUAACGAUGUUAAGAGGCUCAGCGCCUAAGAAACGACUAAUGAUUUCUAGCUAAAAAUUAAAAUCGGCCUAUUUUUAUCUUCCAAGUUGAGGUUGCCUAAUACUAUUUAAAAAUGAAUUUCCUUUGCUUCAGUUUCGCUUUAAACUAAAAAUAUCGAGCUGCGAACUUGUUACGUCUGAUAGCAGCAAAAUCUGUCCCAAAAUAUGCCCUUUCAAAAACCGGUUCAAAAAUCACUAUCGCAACUCAAAAUAAUGAGAAAACUACGCAGUUAUGAAGAAAAAGGCCUUUUAAUGCAAUGUCGAAAAACUGCAGAAGCGAACGAAAAAUAAAUUUUUAAAUAUUGCAUAUCAAAUUAGAUGGAGCGUUGAAGAUGAUUUUAAAAUAAUUAUUUCUACAAAAUCCAACCCUGUUGAAAGCAAUCACAGUGGUGAAUCAGACAUUUUAAGGAUAUAGAUUACGUUUUUGGAGAAACAUUUUUCGGCCAAAGUAUAUUGACCUGUACGAAGCGGUCAAAGUUGCAGUGUUUACCAUUAUGUUGCUACUUCGGCGAAACACUUCGCUUUUGCCAAUACGUCCAUGGAUAGCGUGGUAAAUGUCACUUUAAACCUUACUAGGCACUUAAAUACCAUCCUUAAUAGAACGAUGUGGUAUUAAAAGGGAAAGGAAGAUGAAAAAUAGGUAGAAAAAGAAAAUAAUUUACAUUUACCUUCUGCUGAGGUAAGUUGAAUCUUGGAAAUGUUAUCGCAUGACAGCACUCAUUAUUCAAACUACGGCGUAAUCCAAGCAACUGUGUAGAAUAUUAGUAAAAAAACAACUCUUCUGCCGCCAGAAAUCCUGAAGUGAAACAGUUUUCUAUUAUUUCCAUGAAUAUUGAUGAAUUCAGGGGAAAAUUAGCCUCAGAUAGUGUCCAUUUAGUACUUUGGCGGGCCGCAUGUAUUUCGUUACAUUCCAACGGACAUUACGGGUAAGCACUUACAGGGGUCAGCGGACGUAAAAAAUAGAAACAACCAGGUAAUCAUGGCGGAUGCCUGUACUUUGUCAAAAGAGGAUCUCCUGGACUGCGGAUCCUCACGUGGUCGCACGGAGACAGUGUUUCGUUAUGAAUGUCGAAAUGAUGUAACCACACACCUUAAAGUUGUUUUUUUGUCGCAUGCAAACCUGAAAGAAUACGAGGUCAUCCUACAAAGGGCUGGCCUCGACCGUUCGUCUCAUGAAGAAGUGAAAACAUUACGUGUUUGUGCUCGCCAUCGCUAUGGUAUGGGCAAGUACUGGAGGCCUUCCAAGCUGUGUCAGUUUCCAGGGCACAAAGGACCACCUACCAGCGUCAAAAGUCGUGACGUGAUCAACCCUGCCAUGGCCAAGGAGGUGUUUCAGUUGCUUGAUAUAUCUUUGCCGAUAGGCUCACGUAAGAAUAAAACACACAACACCUGGAGUAUUUCUUUGUCAUAAAAAUUUUCUUAUUUUACAGUGCUUGUCUUAUAGGGUAUUUUUGAUACUUUUCUUUUAUCUUUCCAUUAGCUAUAUGUUCACCCUGUCGUAAAAAACAUAAAGCAGAUACGAAUAGACCUUUUUACAGUUCCCAGCGCCAUAUUGGACAUGCAACCGCUCACACGUGUGAACGAGGCUGGGGUUGACUCGUGAUCAAUCUCUGUGAGCGCUUUUGGUGAAAUUCGUACGUCGGCAAUAAAAUUGUUCGAUUUUUAAGGAAAAUGGAUGGUCUUAGCCGAAAUCUCGAUAAAGUUAAUUUUUCUCCCAGAAAGAAAGGAAAGUAGUGUGCCACUGUUGGUUGUUCAAGUACAUUUUAUGGCCCCAAUGGUUUGCCUACGAGCUUUCACUUCUUCAAGUUUAUGCACGGAGGCAUGUAUUUUUGCGAAGUAUUUAUCGUUCUAUACUUAUCUUAUUCUCUGUGAAUUAUGGAUGAGGGUAACUAUUGUUGCAAAAUUAGUACAAAUUUUCUAGUAGGUACCUGAAUUGUUUUAAGUUCAGUAGAGUUUUUUUAUUCCGCCAGUAAGUCAAUAAGUUCAGUGCUGCUCACCUGUUUACUAGAUGGCUUGCCUAAAACACUCCUAGCAGAGAAACUGUUGGAAAGUAAUUGCUUUUAAUAAAAUAACCAAGACACUGUAUCUUCAGAGUUUUCUCUUAUUAUGGCAGACCCAGAAAACUGACACAUUUGGUAGCAAUUGUGACAAAAGCAGUUUUCCAUAGUUUUUGUUUUUUAUGAUAACAUAGUAAUCCACUAUGAAUGCCACAUGGAACUCUCAAAAAAUAUUUUGUGUGCUUUAUGUAUCAAUCAAUGUGAUGCUUCAAAUUAAAAAGUGAGUUUAACCAACUAAAAGAGUUCUCGACACAACGUUGAAAUAUGACACUAAAUUUUAUUAUUCACAAAAGUUUGAGAGAAGUCUCGCAAAAAAUAAUUUCUCAUACAUUUAGAUGGUCUGAAAGUUUCUAUUUCAAACAAAUCUUAUGGUAACUGUCACAGUAUAAAAAAAUUAUCUUGAUUUGGAUGUAUUUCUCAAUCUUUGAAGUAUCUUGUUUACAUCUCAAAAUUAUAUCAUAACAUUAGUUAACACAAUGCAAUAAGAACUACUAUAGCAAACCUUUGUGUCAGAAGGCCUCUAAGUGCUAAGAAUGGGAAUAUCAAUUCACUGAAUUUUUAUCACUGACAGAAACUUAAAUGUGUGAUGUAAGAUCAAGAUAACUUCUGCCUGAUAAGUUUCAGUGUUAUCAUUAUCUAUUAGCUGGAUAGUGUUUGGAUACUAUAUGGAGAAGUUACAUGAAUCAGUCACUUUUGGGAAAUUUUAAAUUUUCUAAUAUUUUGCUCUGAUUCUUUCAAUGGUGUCUUUCCACCUAAUAAAUUACCAUGAGUCGCGGACUGAAAUGGUUUUCAAUGUAUCACGAGCAUAAGUUGUCCUGGGCCAAAUGGGUAUGAAAAUAUUAUGACAUCUGUUAGUCAGUUUCCCUCUUGGGCUGAUAGAAACAAGGGUUAUAAUCAAGUGGUUCUACAGGCGCUAUUGUAUAGUUUCCCAUAAGAUACAAUGUACAAAUGGCAAACUAAAAUACAUCUUGGUGAACAACAUGGGAACAACUUUAACUGAAGAAUAUGGUACAACAACAAGUACCACAUCAACAACAGCAGCAAUAACAAAUCUCUUCUACCUAGAGGGCUGCAGCCUUUGCCUCGCUUUGUAAGCCAUACUGAACAGCUUCUGUGGUACUUCCUGUAAUGCGUUCCUCUCAACACGAUGUGGCAAUAUUCUCGUGAAACAAAGGGGUAAUCGUAAAGCUGAAUGAAAUUAAUCUCGGGUAAAUUGCGGAGAUCGCUCGACCAUCCAAGGGCUGAAAUCCUUACCAUAGUUGCUUCGUAUCUGAAGUCGCUCUGGUUUUGUUCUAGGUCCUGGACAUCUGUAAGAAGUUCUCGGUUUUCUCCACUACUCGAUGGAAGGACGUGUCACAUCAGCAAAGCAUAAACUUUCGACACUAAGUCGGCUCUAAUUCAGCCCGUCGAUUUUAAAUUAGAUUUUAAAAUCUUCCUGAGAUCUUUUGCUUCGAGUUUCUGGAUGUCAUCUAAUGACGAAAUUUUCAUAUUUUUGUAUUAAAUAACUAUUUUGAUGAGAGAAAUCACAUUGAAAAGUGCAUUAGAACGUGAAAUGUCAGCUGAUCAGCUGUUUGAAAGAACCGACGGGUAAACCCCAGCCUCGUUAUCGUGUGUGCGCGGUUACUAACCCAAUAUGGCGCCGGAAUCUGGAAAAAGGGCUAUUCUACAUUGUUUCCUCCUGAAGACGAAUGUACAAAAAAACAUGGUGCUGAAAAAACGUAUAAGUUAAUAUAUGCUUAAAUUGUAGAAAUAUCUUUUCUGACGAAGUACGAGUGAAGAACUUAUAAGUGUUUUAUGACAGUACACAACAUUCAUUAUAUGUUCACUUUAUCUUCUCUGUGAGUAAUAAAAGAAGUUUUAAUUUGAUUACAAGGCUAAGACAAAGAGAUCCUCCAAAAGUUGUGUGUUUUAUUCUUACGUGAGCCUGUCGGCACAGAUAUAUCAAACAAGUGAAGCACCUCCUUGGCCAUAGCAGGGUUGAAUCACGUCACGACUUUUGACGCUGGUUGGUGGUCCUUUGUGCCCUGGAUACUGACACAGCUUUGAAGGCCUCCAGUACUUGCCCAUGCCAUAGCGAUGGCGAGAACAAACACGUAAUGUUUUCUCUUCUUCAUGAGACAAACGGUCGAGGCCAGCCCUUUGUACGAUGGCCUCGUAUUCUUUCAGGUUUGCACGCGACAAAAAAACAACUUUUAGGUGUGUAGUUACAUCAUCUCCACAUUCAUACAGAAACACUCUCUCCGUGCGACCACGGAAGGAUCCGCAGUCCAGGAGACCUCUUUUGAUAAAGUACAGGCAUCAGCCAUGAUUACCUGGUUGUUUCUAUUUUAACGUCCGCUGACCCCUGUAAGUGCUGACCCGUAACGACCGUUGGAAUUUAACGAAAUACAUGCAGCCCGCCAAAGUACUAAAUGGACACUAUCUGAGGCUAAUUUUCACCUGAAUUCAUCAAAAUUCAUGGCAAUAAUAGAAAAAUGUUUCACUUCAGGAUAUCUGGCGGAUGAGCUGUUUUUUUUAACUCAUUUUCUACGCAGUUGCUUGGAUUCCGCCGUAGUUUGGAGAAAUGAGUGCUGUCACGCGAUAACAUUUCCAAGAUUCAACUCACCUCAGCAGAUGGUAAAUGUAAAUGAUUUUCUUUUUCUACCUAUUUUUCAUCUUCCUUUCUCUUUUAAUACCAUAUCAUUCUAUUCAGGAUGGUAUCUGAGCGCCUAGCAAGGUUUAGAGUGACAUUUACCACGCUAUCCAUGGACGUAUUGGCAACAGAGAAGUGUUUUGCCGAAGUAGCAACAUAAUGGUUAACACCGCAACUUUGACCGCUUCGUACAGGUCAAUAUACUUUGGCCGAAAAAUGUUUUUUCCAGAUACUUAAUGUAUAUCCAUAAAAUGUCUGAUCCACCACUGUGAUUGCUUUCAACAGGGUUGGAUUUCGUAGAAAUAGUUAUUUUAAAUCAUCUCCAACGCUCCAUCUAAUUUGAUAUGCAAUAUUUGAAAAUUUGUUUUUCGUUCGCUUCUACAGUUUUUCGAUGUUUAUCGAAUGACAUUGCAUUAAAAGGCCUUUUUCUUCAUAACUGCGUAGUUUUCUCAUUAUUUUGAGUUGCGAUAGUGAUUUUUGAACCGGUUUUUGAAAGGACAUAUUUUGGGACAGAUUUUGCUGCUAUCAGACGUAACAAGUCCGCGGCUCGAUAUUUUUGGUUGAAAGCGAAACUGAAGCAAAAUGCCGAGAGGCAGUUUUAAAUAUUUGCUUGAAAAAAAAAAACCAAAGACCAAAAAAAACUAGUUUGCUUCGGAUUUCAGAUAAGGCAUACCCCCGACGAAUUCUACUGAUUUGCUCGAGAUGGUCUACCUGGCAUUGUGGUGUUUGCACAGUAAAUGCACACCUUUGCCGAGGUCUCGCAAAAAUGGAAGACGUAGAUGUCGCUUGUUUGGUCCUUGAUGCGACUACUCUAGAUAAGAGUGCGGCAGCAAAAGAUGGGGUGAUCCUUAUCACGGCGAGUCAUCAACCAGGCAUUCUACCGGGAGAUGAAAGACUGCUUCUCCUUCAUAAUGAGUUCCCUUUUAAAGCAGACAUAGUGGUUGGGCACGGAAUGUUGACAGGUGCUGUGGCAGCUAUCCAAGCAAAAAGGUUGAAUUGUAAACGUCUUCACGUUCUUCACAAUUUGCCAGUGGAAGAUGACUAUUGCUAUGUGCAUUCAACCUCUGAAGUCGGAAAAGAGACCGAGAGGGAUAUUGCAAGGAAAGCUGAUUUCGUCGCGGCGAUCGGAACUCUUCUUGCGGAACAGUGGGGUAUGAUCCUUAACCGUGAAAUAUUUUUGAUCAUACCUGGACUACCAGACGUUGCCCCUCGAAACAAAAUCCCUACUCCACAAAGUAGAUGCCUCGUUCUGGGGACCAAUUUGGGGACCAGUGAUGUUUCGAUGAACAGUCUUGUUAUGGUUACAGAUGCUCUGAAGAAAUGUAAAGAAGGAUUGAAUCCUAUAUAUGUAACUGUAAUUGGCACUGAGCGACAAAAAAUUCAAGAGCUGAAAGACACUCUGGAGAGUCUUUGUUGUAGGUCUAAUUUGAAAGUCGCUGUAAAACCAUUUGAAGUCAGUCUGGAAAUGAUUGGUGUUGAAAUACGUGGAGUUUCAUUGGUGCUUAUUCCAUUUCUGUCCGAUGGGUUUGGAGUAAUGGCCCUGGAGGCCAUAUCUGCUGGAGUUCCAGUUUUAAUUGGUUCAUCAAGUGGCCUUGCGAAAUGUAUUCAAAAAGAGUUUGGGGAACGCUUUUUGAAGUUUGUUUGCGCCGCGGAAGGUACUUUGGAUAGUACUGAGGAUUGGAUAGAAGCUAUCGAUGCACUACUUGAGGAUCGCGAGGAAGCAUUCAGUUUGGCUGGAGCUCUCCGAGAAGAGUGGAAUUCCAAAUUUACAUGGGAAUCCAUGGGUAGUAAGCUUCUGAUAGAUCUUGGCAAAUUUGGGGAUUUCCUUGUGAGUUUACCGUCAUCUACCCAACCUAUAGGUCUCCCAUCUCCCUGCACUGACUUGGCACGAAGAUUUAUGGAGGAAGAAGUUGACUUGCUUAAUAGAAGACGGAAGCAUGUAUUGUUUCUUUCUCCUGAGAAUGCUUCCGAAUCGCCAUUUAUUCAGUAUUUUGGACAGGUGCCGUGGGCUGCAGUGUUCGACUUUGAUGUUUGGAGCAUUAAGAGUGGCUAUCUUUUUAGUUGCGAGAAUUUUUGUGAAAGAAUGGGCAUGAAGAUUUGCCGAAUACUGCCAGAUGAAGAACUUAAGAAGGUCUCAUCUAUGCUACCAAAUGGUAUACCAUGGGUUCUCCUUAAUGGUAUGCCAGAAAGCAAACGGAAUAUUAAAGACAAUUUAGAGUGGAUAAGAGAAUUUUUCCUUUCCCUUCGGAAGACUUACCCUGGUCCUAUCACCUUUUUAGUGUUGUGGGGAUCAGAAGAAAGGAUUUUGAAUAAAAAUCUAUCCAAAAUUCUUACCAUUGUUCAAGGGUCACCUCUUCAUGGGCAAGUAAAGCUCGUGUUAGUUUCCACAGCAUCAGGAGAAGACGACCUUCUGGAAGACAUUGCAGAUGAUUGGGGAGUCAAAGUUCACAAGUUUGAUUUAGAAGAAAUGAGCAAUGCUCUUUGUCAAUGUAUCAGCACUUCCCCCUAUAUUCAAGAGGACCAAGAUUUUUCUUUGCCAGUCGCAGAUCAGAGUGAGUCUCAGAAGGUAGCCUUCAAGGUUUUGCCCCCUAAUCGCCGUUGGAUUAAUGCGGAAAUGGAAGUCCUUUAUCGAUCUUGUGGAAGCACUCCUGAAUAUGAUGAUGAUGCACUCCAUUUCUAUCGGGGUGGGCAGAUCUCUUGGUAUGCCGUCCAGAUGGGUUAUGCUGUGGAACGUGAAGACUGGGAAGCAUUGCAUGUAAGAAUUGAUGAACUCCUCCUGAAGGCAGGAACAAUGAAGCUGAAGAUGGCACAUCAAAGGGGGGCUGGUGGAACCACCACGGCCCGAAAGAUUCUUUUUGACUAUCACGAAAGAUAUCCUAGUGUUUUGCUUCGGUCAGUCAGUCAUGCGGAAAUUGCUUCUGCUAUCAAAGUGUUAUCUGAGUUUUGCAAACUACCCGCAAUAAUUCUCGUGGACUGCAAACAUAUUCAAACUGAUGAGUUUGAUGUUGACAGUCUCUACAACAAUCUUUCGAACGAUAGGAUUCCUUGUGUCAUUCUGGAGGUGAUUCACUCGAGCCAGCAGAAGUCUGAAAAGACUUCUCCAGUUCUCGUGGCAGAUACACUUAAGCCAGAUGAAGCUGCCGAAUUUGUAAGAAUCUACAGUACCCAGAAGAAGGGAAAAGAAAGAGCACUCCGUUCUCUUCUUUGCAACAGGGAGAAGAUAGAGCUUCAAAUUCCAUUCUACUACGCUUUGGUAACUUUUGAAGACCGGUUUACUGCUCUUGAGCCAUUUGUUAAAGAAUGCUUGCAAAAUCUUAGCAUAGACGAGCGCCAUAUCCUUCUUUUCUUGGCUAUGGCUCACCAUUAUGGCCAUUGCUCGAUCUUUGCAAAUGAUUUUGCAGGGUUACUGAAUGCCCCCAAACGAGAGGUUCUGUUCCUGGAAUCAGUGCUUCCUGAAUUAUCAAGGGAAUUGCUUUUGGAAGAGGAUGGAAAGUGGAGACCAAGGCAUGACCUUAUUGCUUCAGAGAUGCUUCGUCAUUUAUUAACAUUGCCAAAUGAUGAGAGAUGUCCCCUAACACAUCCCGACAAUUGGAGGAAUCAGCUUGCUGACAAAGCAAUCAUUUGCUUUACUUAUAUGUCCGAGGCGGUUGUUAGCGACAUGCUGCUGAACCGAGUGACGGAUGAAAAUUCGCACAACUACUUCUCUCAACUCAUUUCGGAUAUCCCUUGUGAUGAAGAUGCUAUAAGGCUUUUUGAAACAGCAAUAUCCUUAUUCCCCGACAAUCCGUUUUUCAAGGUGCACCUGGGCCGCUAUUACAGUAUUCAGAAGAAAUCCGCUGGUUUUCAGCUGGCCAUUAAGUACACAAAUGAAGGGAUCUCGUUGACAGAAGACUUUCCAUCUCGUGUCGUUCGUGGCCAGUUCGCCCAGAUGAAAGGAGUAGUGUACAGUCGGGAAGUUCAUAACCUCGCUGACAACAAUGCUGAUAUUGCGACUAUAACAAAGAUGGCCGAUGAAGGUGUCAAGAAUUUCAGACGCGCAGUGAGCAUUGCCCCUGACUUAGUAGAUGGCUACAUUCCGGAAGUGCGAAUGAUGUGUAAGGUCUUCGAAUUUAUUGACAAGAAAACAGGAAGUCUUUUCAAGUACAUCAAAUCUGGAGAUGCCCAUCCUUUCAUCAUUGAUGCAAUAUCCAACACUUCAGACACACUCGAGUGUGUACCUGACAGUGAUGCCUAUUCUUAUUGGAGAAUGCGUCUGGCAUGUAUCGGUCACCGCUUAUUCUCUGAACAAAGAAUGGAAGCGACCUUGCAACUCCUGUUACAACUAAGAAGUAAUGACAGGGCAAGCAGAGGAUCGAUUAAUCGUCAAAUUGUGAUCAUGAGAAUGGACAUACAGUCAAAAAAGGGUCAACCGAUCACCAAGAUUGCUCCUGAGUUGAUCAAACUUUUGAAUGAGGCCUUAAAGUAUGACUCUAACAUUGAGCAAACAAUGAGACUGUGGGUGAAGCUUGCAUCAUUUGCUGGUGUGGAUCUUACAGAAUCAGAGAGCAAGAUUUUUCACUGGUGCUUAAAGGAGAAAUCCGUCCGUUCGUUCUUGUACAAGUACCUUGUUGCUUGUUUGCGCUUACUUGAAGGAAGCUCCCAUAGCUACAGAGAGAUAAUGAGGAACGCGAAGGACGACCUCAACUCGGCCAUAAAAGCGAUCAACCGUUCCGAUGUCGGACGAUGCCGUCAUCCCGACAGACCAGUGGUGUGGUUAGGACAUGGAGGAAGAGGAAUGGGAAGUUUGGUGUACCUUGAUGAAAAAAUUCCCGAGCUAAAUAACGUCAGAAUGAAACGCUCGAUUGCCAAUCGGUACACUAAGCAGCUUCGCUCUCUUAGUGGUCUUAUUGUAGAGUGUGGGAACAAAGUCGGAACAAUCAGGAUUAACGAAGACCUGGAUGUUCCCUUUCGAGCUGAUCUUUGUGAAACACCUCUUAUGGGAUCGGGAUUUCUCAAUCGAAAAGUUGAAUUCUACUUAGCUUUCAACUUCUUUGGUGCGGAUGCUUACAAUGUGCAGCUUGCCAACACAAAUGCAGAUGUAGAAGAGAUCAAUUGGCUUUCAAGCACCCCACACAACGACAUUUAG